CCUAAUUGAAACGAACCGGGAACAAGACCAGCCUAGCCGCUUUGCAACCCCGCCGCAGCCUGGGCAGCAAGGCCUACACUACCUACAAGUAGACCACAGUACUGUACAUACAUACACUACGCACAAAGAAGUGUGAACCAACCUGCCAGCCUCCACUGCCACCGCCGCCGCCGUCGCCGCCGCCGUCGCCAUCAUGUCGAUGCGUCCUUCCCUCUUCACGCGCGGCCUCUCUGGGCUGUCGCAGUCCUCGGACCCCAACUCGCCCAUGAGCAGCGUAUCCUCGCCCGCCGAGCAGCGCAUCGAUGCCAAGCAGAACUUCCUCAAGGCGAUGCGGCCCCUGCCCACCCAGCACUACUGGAACGUGUGGUUCGACCGGCAGCAACCCAGGGACCAGACGCAGCAGCAGGAGCAGCAGCAGCAGCAGGGGAGCAACAACAACAGCAGCAGCAAUGGAGAAUACCAUGCGCACCUGGAACAGCUGGGCGGGUCGAUCGAGAGCGUGCAGGACUUUUGGCGGUACAACAACAACACCCCCGUGGACCAGAUCAGGAUGCGCGAGAGCAUCUACCUGUUCAAGGCCGGCUUCAAGCCCAUCUGGGAGGACCGCCGCAACAUCUUGGGCGGCAGCUGGACCUUCCGCGUGCCCAAGAGCAUCGGCCCGGACGUCUGGACGCGCGUGCAGCUGCUGGCGAUCGGAGAGAAGCUGCAGAGCGUGCUGGAAGAGGGCGACCAGAUCUGCGGCGUCGGCCUCUCGGUCCGCUUCAACUCGCACCUCAUCUCCGUCUGGCACCGCGACGCAUCGCGCAAAAAGUCCAUCGACAACAUUCUGCAGUGCGUCCUCGAGGAGCUGCCCCCCGAGCUCCGCCCCAAGCCGGACAGUUACUUUUACAAGCGGCACUCGGACCACGCCGGCUUCAAGGCGCCCCCCGAGCUGCAGGCCGUCAUCGACUCGCAGCGCGCCCGCGAGGCCGCCGCCAAGGCCGCGCAGGAGCAGCAGCAGCAGCAGCAGCAGCAGAAGCAGCAGGCUGCGGCCGAGAAGCAGGAGCAAGCACCCGACACGACGCAGGCGCCCUCCUCCGGGACGCAAUAAGAUAUCGAUAGAAGAGGAGGGGAGCAGAAGGAAGGUUCGCUUACUAAAUGUGAAACAACUUUAAUAUUUGGGCACGCCCUGCUGCACCUUGUCUCCGUGAUCUGAGAACGAAAAAUAUGGUCUGCAUAUAGCGGCGUUGCGUUGCAUGUAAUCGCUUGUUUGGCCGCAAGCGGGAUAUCCCAUCUGUUUUCUAAAAGACUUGUUCUAGAUAACUAGGGAUUACCCCCGUCGUCUC